AUGGCUUCUGCACCAAAUCCGAAAUAUAAUUCUCAUUCCUUGGAGAAUGACUCGACUAAGAGGACUUCUCGAGAUGGAGUUAAUCAGGAUGUCAGUGAGGCCGGCCCUCGCCUGCCAGGGGAAAUGCAGAUUACUGACAAAGAAGUUAUUUACAUAUGUCCUUUCAAUGGCCCCAUUAAGGGAAGAGUAUACAUCACAAAUUAUCGUCUUUAUUUAAGAAGUUUGGAAACGGAGUCUGCUCUAAUACUUGAUGUUCCUCUGGGUGUGAUCUCAAGAAUUGAGAAAAUGGGAGGCGCUACAAGUAGAGGAGAAAAUUCCUAUGGUCUAGAUAUUACUUGUAAAGACAUGAGAAACCUGAGGUUUGCGUUGAAGCAGGAAGGCCACAGCAGAAGAGAUAUGUUUGAGAUCCUCACCAGAUACGCCUUUCCCUUGUCACACAGUCUGCCAUUAUUUGCAUUUUCAAAUGAAGAAAAGUUUCACGUGGAUGGAUGGCUGGUUUAUGACCCAGUUGAAGAGUACAGACGACAGGGCUUGCCCAAUCACUAUUGGAGGAUCACUUUUAUUAACCAGUGUUACGAGCUCUGUGACACUUACCCUGCUCUUUUGGUGGUUCCAUAUCGUGCUUCAGACGACGACCUCAGGAGAGUUGCUACUUUUCGAUCCCGAAAUCGAAUUCCAGUGCUGUCUUGGAUUCAUCCAGAAAACAAGACUGUCAUCGUGCGAUGCAGUCAGCCUCUGGUCGGUAUGAGUGGUAAACGGAAUAAAGACGAUGAGAAGUAUCUCGAUGUUAUCAAGGAGACUAAUAGGCAAAUUUCUAAACUGACUAUCUAUGACGCAAGGCCCAAUGUCAAUGCUGUGGCCAACAAGGCAACUGGAGGAGGAUAUGAAAGUGAUGAUGCAUAUCAAAACGCUGAGCUUUUCUUCUUGGACAUUCAUAAUAUACAUGUUAUGCGUGAGUCAUUAAAAAAAGUGAAAGACAUUGUUUAUCCUAAUGUAGAAGAGUCUCACUGGUUGUCCAGUUUGGAGUCUACUCAUUGGCUAGAACAUAUCAAGCUGGUUUUGACAGGAGCCAUUCAGGUGGCUGACAAGGUGUCUUCAGGGAAGAGCUCGGUGCUGGUGCACUGCAGUGAUGGCUGGGACAGGACAGCCCAGCUCACGUCCCUGGCCAUGCUGAUGUUGGACAGCUUCUACCGGAGCAUUGAAGGCUUCGAAAUCUUGGUACAGAAAGAAUGGAUAAGCUUUGGACAUAAAUUUGCAUCUAGAAUAGGUCAUGGAGAUAAAAACCACGCCGAUGCAGACCGGUCUCCUAUUUUUCUGCAGUUUAUUGAUUGUGUGUGGCAAAUGUCAAAACAGUUUCCUACAGCUUUUGAAUUCAACGAACUAUUUUUGAUUACAAUUCUGGAUCAUCUGUAUAGUUGCCGGUACGGGACUUUCUUGUACAACUGUGAAUCCGUUCGAGAGAGACAUAAAGUUACAGAAAGAACUGUUUCCUUAUGGUCGCUGAUAAACAGCAACAAAGAAAAAUUCAAAAAUCCUUUCUAUACGAAAGAAAUCAACCGCAUUUUAUACCCAGUCGCUAGUAUGCGCCACUUGGAGCUUUGGGUGAAUUACUACAUUAGAUGGAACCCCAGAAUCAAGCCACAACAGCCGAAUCCAGUGGAACAACGUUACAUGGAGCUCUUAGCUUUGCGAGAUGAAUACAUCAAACGGCUGGAGGAAUUGCAGAUCACCAACUCAGCCAAGAUCUCAGAUCCCCCGACUUCCCCAUCAAGUCCUUCCCAAAUGAUGCCCCACGUGCAAACUCACUUCUGAACGGCAACCCUGGCAUCGAGUUCCACCUCUGCAUGAAGGAAAUAUCUGACUUUGAUCUCCUGUAUCUGUACAAAGUAGAAUAAAAUACUUG